AUGAAGGCCUUCUUCAACAGAUUCAACAGAGCCCCAAAGGACAAGCUCUCAGACGGCAGCCCCAAGGACGCCGAUGGCACUCGCCUGUACUCGAAAGAGAAGCUGCAGCUGCCUCCGCUCCCCGACUGGCCCCCUCAGCAACAGCAGCAGCGUCCAGGUGGGACUCCCUCCUCACUUGCUUCUACGAAGCCUCUUCCUGAGCUUUCGUCCCGACCGCUCCCUCCGAUAGACGAUCCUCCCUCUCCCUUCCCUGACUUUGGCUCUGUAAAUACAACCCCAGACCGUCCCCCUCUCUCCGACCCACCAGCCGACCCUGACUCCACCGGUCGCAGUUCUCGCAAGGCCACCAAUGGCAGCGUCAAUACCUCGGGUGCCAACAGCGAUAUCCAGAAGAAAGUCGCCUUCAUCUCUCCCCCACCCACUCCUUCAGGUCUUAAUGCGACCCUCCCAUCUGUCGCCGAAUCUACCGCCGCCACGAAGACUCCUGUGUCGCGCUUCCAGGGAACGCACGGCAAGGAUGCUCGUGGCUCUACCUCUUCUGCUGCCUCCGCUUCUCGAACAGACGUAGGCUCGACCUCCAAGGCAAGCAUGAGCACCGCCAAGGGCGGCCCGACGUCGACGCGCUCAGCCACCUCUCCAUUCCCCCAGAAGUCUGCCGGUGACGGCGCUUCCAUCCACCCGUCCCUGCGCUCCAACACGCCCUUUUCCCAGAGAUCAGGCGCCGCAAGCACGACCAACGUCGCACCCGCUGCCUCCUGGAGUGAAGCUACCGAGGAAGAUCUUGUUUCUAAUUUGGGCCCAAGGGAAAGAACAAGGCAGGAGGUGUUGUUCGAGAUCGUCUGUAGCGAGGAGCGAUAUGUAGCCGAGCUGCUCAAGAUGAAGGAUACCUUCCUCGUGCCAUUACUACAUCCAUACUCGACCUCACCCGUCGCUUCCCCCGGCCUCAUGGAUUACGAAGACUUCCCGCGCUUUGAUUCCCCUGUAGAAUCUUUGGAUCAUCUUCCCAUCGCCUCCCGCUUUCUCUCUCCCCUUGAUGACAAAGACGCGCCGACCAUGGACGCCGAAUCCAUCAACUCCGAAGACGAAGACGACGACCAGAUGGGCAAGGACUACCCCGGCUCUCGACGACCGACCGCGACCUCGCUCGCCGCAAAGCUGAACCACCCACGAUCUCCGUACGGCUCGCCCAGCAAAUCGGCCGGCAAAAACCCCAUCGUGCCCUUCCCCUCGCGAUCGCACCAUUCCCUACCCCCGCCCCCACGGAUGAAUCCUACCGCGUCGACGCAGUCGCUCGGCCGUCAGUCGUUCGUCGGUCCCUCGCCGAAUGCGGCAGAGAGGGACCGGGAGCGCAAGUCGACGGCCACGCCUGCGUCGCGUGUGUUACGCAAGACGAAGAAGAGCCAGACGAAGGCGGACAAUAAUAAUAUCACUGCUAACGGGGGGAUUUCUCCGAAUCAGAUCCCGGACGAUCUGAGGCAGUGUUUGGAGACUAUCGAGCGGAGUAUAUUGGACGGGCAUUUGAAGUUGAGUGAGGGGCUUAGGAAGCGAUAUGACGAGCAGUAUCCGCUCGUGCGAUCGUUGGCCGAUGUCUUUGUUGCCAACUCCAACAUCCUUCGUGGCUAUGCGGACUACGUCCUACACCUCGAACGCGCCCUCGAGCAGGUCGACGACUGCAUGAACACCGUCAGCUCAAAGAAGCCAAAGAAACAAGACGCCGACGAAUGGUCCAAAGUCUGCGCCUUCCUCCAACGGCUCGAACUCGACGCAGGCGAGAAGGGCGAAACAGGCCUGGCCAUCUCGCUCUCGAAACCGUUCCAGCGUCUGCUCAAAUACCCCCUCCUCUUCCAGAACCUGCUCUUCCACACCGAUCCCUCCACGUUCGAGUACGAGAGCACGUUGCAGAUGGUGGCGGAGGUGGAGACGAUCGUGCGUUCGAUCGAGGACGAGAAGAUACAGAAGGAGGAAAGGGAUAAGACGAGAGACGUGUUUGCGAGGAUUGAAGGGCUCGAUAAGGUCAAGCAGCUCGCUGUGCCGAAACCGUCGAGAGUCCUCGUCGAAGAGCGGAUGUACGUCGCCUCGCCGGGCGAGAUGGUCGCCACCAAGUCGUCGCCGCCGCCGGUCUCGAACGGGACCGCGAAGAACGUGAAGGGGAAGACGUCCCUGAAGCGUCUGAGCGACGCGCUGCAGCCCGGGUCGAGCGGCGUGGGCGGGAAGAAGGAUCUCUGGUUGGUGAUCUUUAAUGAUGUGGUGUUGAAGUGCCAGAGGACGGGGACGACGUCGUUGCCGCUCGGCGGGGCGUACAAUUCGAGGGCGAAUUCGAUGCCGGAGUUGCAGGGGAAGCCGAAGUAUGCGAGUACGGGGCGGAGGAACUCGCAUACGAGGCCAAGGAAUAUGUAUAAGUUCCUCAAGAUCGAAAACUGGACUAUCGAUGUGGCGCAACCACGUCAAGGGGCGGUGACGAUGGAAGAGGUCGCCCGUUCACGAUCACACAUCCACACCUCCAUCCAACCCCGAAUAAUCCCCAUGCCAGAGGACGACGAGGACGGUGGGGUAGAAUCAGACGACUCCGACCGCAAGUCCAAGAUGUCCUUCUCAUACUGGGGCGCAGACAAGGUGACGCUCCAAAAGCCGGUCAUGAAGGCGAAACCGCCCGUCGGCAGCGGCACGCGACGACCGGGCUCGUCUACGCCGUCUGGGUAUAACAGGGAAUCGUCGGCGAACGCGAAGUUUGGUACGAGGCUCGUGUCGAAUGAGAUUCCGAGCGGCGGCGGACAUGGCGUGAGUCGGCCUGCGAGUCGGAGGACGGGGGCGUCGGGGACGCCGUCUAGUCGUCGGGGCGUCGCGUCGGACGAGGGUCAUACAGUCCGGGUCACCACGACCACGACGACCACGACUACGACGACAACGAAGCCGGCGUGGAAUAGUACGAGGGCGACGGCUACGCCGACGCCGAUGGCGAAGAGGACGAGGAAUGUGUCGCAGGGGAGUGCGGCGACGAGGGCGACGACGACGUCGAAUAAGAUGUUGGCGAGUCCGGCGCCGUCGGAGGAUUCUGGAGUGGGUCUUUAUCGACAGAUGAUGGCGCAGGAUCCAUCGCUGAACGCUGUCUGA